ACCACUGGCUGGCCGGACCUCCACCGUUGCUCCUUCCACAGAACUCGGACAAGACUUUUCACAACUUUGGACUUUUGUUGGCCUUUUUUAACAUUCUUCAUCAGCAUUUUCAAACUGAGAAACUUAAAAACAACUGCUAUGCUUUUUAGACCAGAGUGAUCUUAAUUUUACAUUUUUUCCCCAAUUUUUCUUUUUUAUUUCGGUCCUUGAUUCGUGCACUGCUGUGGGUGUCCUGAUGUUUAGAGGAACUUGGAGGCUGGCCCAGUACCAUACCAUGAGGUCCAUGGAUCAAGAUGACCCCAAUCUUACAUCUCACAAGGUCCUCAGUCCUGAGUCGGAGCAAGCCUUCCCCCUGGAGGAGGUCUCCCCUUACGCUAUCAAGUCCUGUAGUCGUAGCUACAUUGAGCAGCAGACAGAGGUUCUGGCAGGAUAUGACAAUCAGCAAGCACGGAACUACCUGGACAGUACCCGACCCGCAGGUUUAUCCUUGAGCCCUCGCAUCGAAAUCACGCCAUCGCGAGAGCACUACAGCCAAUCUCGCGACUCCCUGCAGAACCACCAGACGAGCGUCAACAGCCCCCGACCCACCUUGACCGUUCCCGGCCAUGAGAACCUCUCCUACCGUGAGCCUCAGUGCCUGAGCCCAGCCAGCAGCAACUCAUCCACCAGCUGGCAUUCAGAGAGCUACUCCCCUUGGGCAUCCCCCUGCGUGUCCCCCAGUAGCGGCCACAACCCUGGAGACCUGUGCCCUCGGUUACAGAACAUCCACACUGGCUCCCCGCGCACCUCUCCGGGUACAUCGCCGAGCACCGGCGUAACUGAGGACGGAUACCUGAGAACGUGCUCGCCUUCCCCGCGACCGGGCUCCCGCUCCACCUCUCCACAGGGCAAACGCACCUACGACAUGUACAGGAAUCCCAAUUUGGUCCCCGCCAUCCGCUCUCGCAGCCCCUCCCCGCACGGCGGGCACGAAGAUCACAACAUGGGGCCCCACUAUCCGCACGGCACCUUGCCCGAUACCAUGAACGGUUUUAACUUGCCUUCUAAACUAGUCAAGACUUCCAACCAGGUAUACACUCUGUACCCAGAGCAUCAUGGCGAGGCGAACUACUUGGUGUCCUGUGAACAGGAGUCAAAGAGUAAACCUGCUCCGGAACCUUUCUUUGUCAUCCCUCCCAUCUGGUCAAAGCCACUGGUUUCCAGCAUUUGCAGCAUCCCGUUGGCAUCACUCCCACCUCUGGAAUGGCCCAUGCCUAGCCGCACAGACCACUAUGAGCUCCACAUUGAGGUACAGCCUAAAGCGCACCACAGAGCUCACUAUGAGACGGAAGGAAGCAGAGGCGCCGUCAAGGCUCACACAGGAGGACACCCUGUGGUGCAGUUGCGCGGUUACAAAGGCAAAGAGGCGCUGGGUCUGCAAAUCUUUAUCGGCACAGCAGACGAGCGCAUUCUCAAGCCGCAUGCAUUUUACCAGGUGCACCGCAUCACCGGCAAGACCGUGACAACAAACAGUUUUGAGAAGAUGGUCAGUGGCACCAAGGUCCUGGAGAUGCCCCUGGAACCAAAGAACAACAUGAGAGCAAUAAUCGACUGCGCCGGGAUCUUGAAACUGCGAAAUGCCGACAUCGAGCUCAGGAAGGGCGAGACGGACGUUGGGCGAAAAAACACACGCGUCCGCCUCGUGUUCCGCGUGCACAUACCUCAGCCCGGAGGACAGCACGUCUCCCUGCAAGUGGCCUCGCAUCCCGUUGAGUGUUCUCAGCGUUCAGCACAUGAACUUCCAAUUGUAGAGAAGCAGGACUCAGACAGCUGCUCUGUUCUGGGAGGCCAACAGAUGAUACUGAGCGGACACAACUUCAGCGCAGAUUCCAAAGUGGUUUUCAUGGAGAAAACGCAGGAUGGGAUGCAAAUUUGGGAAAUGGAGGCGACUGUGGACAAAGACAAAAGCCAACCUAGCAUGCUGUUUGUGGAGGUACCGGCCUACCGUGACUCGUCCCUUUGCCAUCCUGUCAAAGUGACCUUCUGUGUGGUCAACGGGAAGCGAAAACGUAGUCAGCCUCGUCAUUUCACCUACACACCGCUGGCAUCGCCAUCCAUCAAGACCGAGCCCCUAGAUGAGUAUGACUACAACCGCUUGAGCUUUGCCAUGCCCCCAAUCAUGGGCAUCCUCCCUCAUUCCCACUACCACAACACACACAUACUCCACCCCGAUCACAGCCUUGUUUCCAACAUGGCCUCGUGCCAGCGCCUCGGCUCCAGCCUCCCAGGCCAAGAAUCCCACUUCCCGAACCAGAGCCCGGCCAUUGUCUUCUCUCGUGCAGGGAAAAGCCUGAGCAGCAGCCCGGCGGCCUAUCAGCACACUGUGCCGUUGACCCCCGAACCCCAACGUUCCGUCCUGGUUCACACAGGCUCUCAGGCACCACCUGCUGACACAAUGAGUGCUGGCAAGCACACUUCUAUCAUCCAGUUCUCCCCCACCAACCAACACCUGCUUCGUGCAGGCGACCAAGCGCAGCUUGACAACAGUCCCAUCGUUUUUUGCGAUGACUACUCUCCACAGGGGACCCACCGGUCUCCGCCCACACCCGGGAAUGCCCCUCAGCAAUACCCAACCGUGAUUCAGCAGCAAACAUAUGUUGACAAGGAGCAGCAAAAAGACAGAGCACCUCCUGGUGGGACACCAACAGACAGAGCCAGGAGGGUGACGGUGAAGGAGGAGAACCUGGAUCAGGCCUACCUAGAUGAUGGUGAGUUGAAUGAGAUCAUAUGCAAGGACCUGACUGAUGGCCCCACUCAAGGGCCGUCCUAGAGGACAGCUCCGAAGCAGAAAAUCUCCGAUUCCAACAACAACAGACAUUCUGGGUUUUGAACGCCAAUGCCAUUGCCCCAAAACGUACGUUCUGUAAAUGCCUCUUAUGCAGGCGGCACAAAACUAAAGGUAACUUAUUAUUUUGCUGAUAAAGAAAAGCACCUUUGCUUGUUUACUAGUGAUUGAAUGAAUGAGGGAUCUCAAAACCUACAGUGAGGAAAAUAAGUAUUUGAACACCCUGCGGUUUUGCAAGUUCUCCCACUUAGAAAUGAUCGGCGGGUUUGGAAUUUUCAUGGUAGGUGCUUCUCCACUGUGAGAGACAAUCUAAAAAAAAAAUCUAGAAAUCCCUGUGUAUGAUUUUUUUAACCAUUCAUUUGUAUUAUACUGCUGCAAAUAAGAAUUUUAACUCCUGUCUAUUAGUGAGAAUUGAGAGCCUAAAAAACCUGUUAGUCACCUUUAAAAAGUUGUUCUCCUAAAUGAGUAGAGUGGAGGUGGACUUUUUGAGUCCAACUUUUUGACCUGUUUGAGGCGGUUAGCUGCAUAUAAACACCUGUCCACCCCAUAUACCCCAUAAAACUGUCCAAAGACACUAAAGACAGAAUUGUAGACCUCUACAAGGCUGGAAACAGUUACAGGGCAAUUGCCAAGCAGCUUGAUGAUAAAAGAUCCACCUUUGGAGCAAUUAUUACAAAAUGGAAGAAGCUGAACAUGACUGUCAAUCUCCCUCGGACUGGGGCUCCAUGCAAGAUCUACCUCGUAGGGCCUCAAUGGUCCUAAGAAUGGUGAGGAAUCAGCCAAGAACUACACCGGAGGAGCUGGUCAAUGACCUGAAAGGAGCUGGGACCUCAUUUCCAAGAUUACUGUUGGUAAUACACUAGGACGUCAUGGUUUAAAAUCAUGCGUGGCAUGGAAGGUUCCCCUGCCUAAACCAGCACAUGUCCAGGCCUGUUACGCUUGCCAAUGACCAUUUGGAUGGUCCAGAGGAGUCAUGGGUGGAAGUCAUGUGGUCGUAUGACAUCAAAAUGGAACUUUUUGGUCUUAGUUCCUAUAAUAGUGUUUGGAGGAAGAAGAAUGAUGAGUCCCAUCCCAAGAACACCAUCCUUACUGUGAAGCAUUGGGGUGGUAGCAUCAUGCUUUGGGGGUGUUUUUCUACACGUGGGACUGGACGCCUGCACUGUAUUAAGGAGAGGAUGACCAGGGCCAUGUAUUGUGAAAUUUUGGGCAAUAACCGCCUUCCCUCAGUUAGAGCAUUGAAAUUGGGCCGUGACUAGGUCUUCCAACAUGACAAUGCCCGAAGCAGACAGCCAAAAUAACCAAGGAGUGGCUUUGUAAAAAGUAUAUCAAGGUUCUGGAGGGGCUUAUCCACUCUCCAGGACCUAAACUCAAUAAAAUCUAAAAGGAAGUUCAAAUUCCGUGUUUCUCAGUGACAGUCCAGAAACCUGAUUGAUCUAGAGAAGAUCAAGAUCUGUGUGUAGCAGUGAUGCAAAAUCCCUGCUACAGUCUGUGCAAACCUGAUGAAAAGAUAAGGGAAACGUUUGAUCUCUGUAAUUGGAAACAAAGGCUGCUGCAAUUGCAGGGUGUUCAAAUACUUACUUUCCUCACGGUAACUGGUCAAUCAUCUCAAGACUGUAGUUUUUAAUUCAUACUUUUCCAGUUAAAUGGAUAUUUGACCUACAUAGGUGUCAAUGCCAUUGAAUGAGAUUUAAGAAUUAACUGGUGCCUUCAGUGAAUACAAUUAUUACAUCAUGCCAUUCCACUGAAAACUAGGCUUGGGUUAAAAAUAAAAAGUUUCUCUCCACUGUCCUUGGGUUUUUGAUGAGCCUUCCCAAACUGCAACGAUACUUGAAAUCCGAUUGGAAUUUCACAUCCGUAUUUUUUCUCCUUCUAAUAUGAGGAAAUUCAAGAUUCUAAAUCUGAGAAACUAGCCAAAACUGAGACACGUUUGCCUUUCAAAGGUUCUUAGAAACCAUGCUUUAUUUUUACUGCAGACAGCUGAAAAUUUGCACAGAAGCAGCAUACUUUUUUGUCAGUUUACCAGUUUACAUAAAGGAAAU